ACCAUCACCAUACCCUCUAGCCUAAGAUUCCGAAGAUGAGACGAACUAUGAAUGCAAGACCUUGAUGUGACGCGUGUCUGUUAAUCCAACUGUACACCAAACUACACCAGAUACAACCGCUUGCUCCUCUCACUACCCGUCACCCUUUACAUCACCCGCACUUUAUUUCCCACCAGCCCCAUCCUAUAAAACCUAACCACCGUUCACCCUCUCUCACACUAACAUCCUCAUUACUCUCUCUCUACCUUUCUCUCUCUACAUUUAUCAUUCAACUUCCAAAACACAUCUCAAAACAUCACAUUUUUCACCAUCAAAAUUUUAUAAAACCUACAAAAACUUUAUAAAAUUUUAAAGUGUUUCAUGGUAUAGUUUGUCGUCCGUUUACCUGUCAUUCUAGAGUAAAUUAAAUUUCUAGUAGUUUGUUCUGAUUUAAAAUUCAAACUAAAACAACCAAAUACAAUAAAGUGACAGACGAGCUGUCCCUCACUUCUUCUAUUUUUAUGGCUGAUAAUAAUAUGAAGAAAGAUUCGGAUCGGAUAAGAGGUCCAUGGACUCCCGAAGAAGAUUCAAAGCUUCAAAAUCUCGUAGAAAAACACGGGACGAAAAAUUGGACGCUUAUCGGCAAAUCUAUAACCGGUAGAUCCGGCAAGUCAUGCAGAUUACGGUGGUGCAACCAGCUGUCACCACUAGUGGAACACCGUGCUUUCACGCCGGAAGAAGAUGACACCAUCAUCCGGGCCCAAGCCCAGUUCGGUAACAAAUGGGCCACCAUUGCCCGCCUUUUAACCGGUCGAACCGAUAACGCGGUUAAAAACCACUGGAACUCCACGUUAAAACGUAAAUGUUCAUCGAUGACGUGUCAAGAGUUUAAUGAGUUUGUUGUUCAACAGCCGGUUUUGAAACGGUCUGUUAGCGCUUGUUCAGAUAUUAUUUUGAAUAUGGGUGGGCCUACUGGAACCGGUUCUAGUGAUUCAAGCAUGCUACCGGCGAAUGAUCCUAUGACGUCGUUGAGUCUCUCACUUCCGACACCGGCGACGGUACGGAUGCGGUUGAGUGAAGAGGUUUUGUUGAUAAUGCGGGAAAUGAUAAAGGCGGAGGUGAGGAAGUAUAUGGUGGGUGUGGAGGAAGCUGACGGCGGAACAUGCGGUGGUUAAUGGUGGCGGAAUAAGUAGGAUGGAUUUGAAAGAGAAAUGUUUUGGUUUUGAGAAAAAGGAAGGAAUAAAAGUGUAAAAUUGUAUAUGGGAGGGAUUAUAAGUUAACUUUAAGUAAAAAUUAUAAGUUUUUUCAA